AGCCGCGAUGGGAGUUAACACAUCCGAGUUUCUAGAGUCCCUGUUAACAGCGACGUUGCACUAAACAAAGACCUUGUUUUGGGUGUUUUUUUUUCCCUCUGAGGGGGCUUGUCUGCAUUUUUGUCCGAGGCGUUUCUCUCACAGGAUGUUGAUGAUACUGGAAAGCCGGGUAAGAUCAUAAAGUCAGUUCUCUCUGAUGAGAACGACCGCCUCCUCCUCACCACCACCACCACCACACAAAGGGAACCACGGAACAAGUACUUUGUUUUUUCACACGCCAUCAUUUUUUAUUUUUUGAAUGUCAUAGAGAAACAGAGGGGGCUCUUUGAAAGACAAAAUGGAUCACUUUGCAGCAGAGUGCCUUGUUUCAAUGUCCAGCCGUGCAAUUGUUCACGCACCUAAAGGGAAUAAGGAGAUAAAACCAGAAAUCCCAUCUUCCUCCAAGAACGGAGAGGAAAUGAAAGAGCCUUUGGUGAAAGAUAACUCCUCUCUUUAUGUGGUGGCACGGAUCCUGGCGGAUUUUAACCAGCAGACUCCCAACAAUGUUGCCGAGCAGGCAAAAAUAAAGGAUGAGAGCAUGCCGAACCUCAUAGAUGAUGGAAACUCUGCCACACCUACCACCAUCUCCGAUCCUUCGCUCAGACAAAGAGGCAAAAGAUCGAGAGGUCGGACUGAGCAAGAAUCACCUCAGAAAAAGCACAAAUGCCACUAUUCAGGUUGUGAAAAAGUUUAUGGCAAAUCAUCCCACCUCAAAGCCCAUCUAAGGACACACACAGGAGAAAGGCCUUUCCCAUGCACCUGGCCUGACUGCAGUAAGAAGUUUGCUCGCUCUGAUGAGCUGGCCCGCCACUACCGCACUCACACGGGGGAAAAGAAGUUCGGCUGCCCGCUUUGCGACAAACGCUUCAUGCGCAGCGACCACCUGAUGAAGCACGCUCGUCGCCACUCAGAUUUCCAGCCCGGCAUGCUGAAGAGGCCCCACGGCGGCAGCAGCGGUAGCACCACACGUCCCAGCUCCCUCAGCGACUACAGUCGCUCGGAUGCCUCCAGCCCCACCCUCAGCCCCGCCCUCAGCCCUGCCAACUCGCCUUAAACUGAAACCCAGUCGCACUUUCCGCCUCCAACCUGCGGGGCCUGUUUUUUGUCAUAACACUUGUGUUGCACAGUUGUCAGCAACCCCCCCCCCCCUUGCUAUUCCUGCGCUUGCUGUGGUGUACCAUGCUGUACAUAACUGCUUAUUGUAGUGCAAUUACUUGUGUGAUCCUAAAAGAAGGUAAUGCCUUUCCCAGAUGGCAAUAUUGACAUUCUGUACCAUAUGUCUGUAUUUUUUUAGCUUCUGAUCAUUGCUAGUUGUCCAAUGUAUGUUCACAGUCAGCUAAACAAGGUUAAGAAGAAGAAAAAAACAGACACCCUGACAAGUCUUAUCAAAAUGUUUUUUUUUUUUCUGGUUUCUUUUUCUUUGUUUUUUUUUUAACGGGUGAGGAGAAGGGGUACACACACACACACCUCAGGAUUGAAGACAGUUGCUAUUUCUGUAAUACCACAGUACUUAACAGUACUUACAUUGACUGCACAAUAUACUCAUCACUUUACUCUGAAAUUCAACAAGGGUUGAAUUUUACGCCCUGCUCAGGGAUGGCCUUGUUAGCUUGAAAGAAUGAACACGAGAAGUGAACAAGAGAAACAUACAGUACAUAUAUAUCAGCCUUACACUCAACACAAUUUGCACUCUUUGUUUUUGUUGGUUUUCACGUUUUUUCGAGGAAACUAGCCCGACGGUCAUACGGUCAAUCGGUCAAUCGUACUCAAAAACUCAUGUUCUGUUCUCCUGUGUGUACUCGGGGUUCAUAUGUAAUGUAAUUGCUGUGUGUUAAGAAAACGAUCCCCAAACCCCCACCUCAGUAAACAAAAUACAUGUGUUCCUCCAUUGCAACGGUAAUACUUAGUUGCAGUAACACUGGGUUAAAUGUGUAUUUCAUUAAACAGUAGUGUGCAGUAUAUACUGUGUAAAUCUGCACUGCUUGAGGAUUGGGAUUAUAUUGGGUUAAUAGUUUUUAUAAAUAAACUCAGUUGAAGAAACAUAAAAAGAGACCGUUAAGUUUCAAAGCAGCUGUUCAUGCUUUUAAAAAAAGCUCUGCAUCAUCAGCCAGUAUUUCACACAAAAUGGACACAAAGGGACUUUAGUUGAAACAAUGUUUAUCCCUCUCUCAAGCACAUAGGAAAAAGUACCAAAGACAAGAGUGAAUGAAAGCUUUCUAUUCAGUCUUGUAAGCUGCCCUUCAUUGAGACUUGAGGCUGGUGGUUGGCAGUAUAGCAGGUAGAGCCAGACAGCCUGCACGUUUCCCUUCUCCUGGCUCUGCCUUUUGUGGCCUCCCUGGAGGAAACAGCUGCAUCCCACAAGAAGCUAUUCACAGCCCGCAGGAGGAGUGGUAACAUGCUAUUCCCGGGGUGUCCUCCCUCACCCAUCUGGUUCUACCUGUCCUGUCAGAGAGAGUGAGUCCUGUGGGUGAAGCUCAGAGCUUGCCAAAAUAGCAGAAUGUUGCCUAACUUAAGGGGUCAAAUGUAGGCCAAAGCAAGAGCAAAGCAGGGCUGGGCGGCAACAUGGUGGCACACAGGGCAAACAAAGCAGCUAUCUGCAAUAGACAGGCAAGAGAGGUUAGGGCCUGAUAAAAGGGGAGAGGUUUAUCAUGAGCUGAGCAGCACAGAGGAGGAGACACCCAGUUGCAGACACCCCCAUCUCCUCCUUGUUUCCUCACCCUCUUCCUCCCUCCAACUGUAGAAACUGUGAGCUGUAAUUAGCGAGUUGAUCCAACCUGUUGGGUAAUAGUAGAAAGAGAAUUGUAUGAACAACAGUACUACCUAGACAAAGCUAGCAGUGUGGGUGGGAUGUACCUAUAACACCAUCCUAAGCACAGGGAGAAAUCCUCUACUACUGCUGGAGAGUCAAAUUUCACAAAGCCAAGGAAAACAUUGCUCCAAAUUCACACCGAUAAACCCAAGCUCUCAAACAGCUGCUUUCAAACUUCUCUCUCACAAAACAAAAGGGGCUUUUUAAACUGUUGUAAAAACAUUUGAACCAAAAUGAACAUAUCAGCAAAGUGCAGUGCUCACCAGCCUCACGUCGUCCUGCCUGUGAAGCUCAGAUGUCCCGUGAGAAAGCUGACUUGUGUUUCUAGACAGACAUGCCUCAAUAAGUCAGGCAAAAGGCACAGUAAACCUUCCAUGGAAACAGGCACCACUAUCAAAACUGCUGCAGCUCCGCCAGUCUGUGUUAUGCCUACAUUUUCUUUUAAUGCUUCAGCACUGUGGUCGGAAAUCGUUUCAUCCAUGUAGUUUGGUCCUGUCAGACCCAUCCAGACUGUCAUCAUCAGUUGCAUGUGCUAGCGCUUCAACCUGGCCCGUUCUCGCCCUGCAGUCCUGUGCUCCACACUAUAUGCAUGUUAACAACUUCGCCCUGAAAAAGCGUAGAGGGUUUUUGAGGCGGUCUGGCAGGUGUAAGUUCAUGAAUGGCAGGCCUUGUCCCCCAGUUCUCCACAGCAGCCAUCUCUCUUUAAAGUUGUGAAGAAUCAGCUCUGUCACAUCCUCCAGAAAGAAAACAUCCCUUAUUUAGAUCCAAAAUGCAGUAAUCUACCCCCAAAAACACCACCCGCAACCCUCUUUAUGAUGAACUCUGUUAAAAUAGUUUCCAGGCUGCAAGAUGACACUUUGAAUGCCACUGAUCAGCAGCUCUCAGUGAGAGAAGCACUGAGAUACAUUCACCAUUUCAUAAACCAAUUCUUCAAAUUGCUGUUGAGCAGCUUUUUGUGGGAUCUGUUAAUGAUUUUUUUUUUUUGUCAAUUUGUUGACAUGUAGUGUAACUUUCUCUUGCAAAAAAAAAAAUUAAAGAAAAAGAGAAUUCAGAGUAACUCACCCUCAAGCAGGUUUCAUGAAUCACUUCUCCAUAAUCUGCACAUUUACCUCAGGGUCAACAUCCGCAAAGCAGCAGAUAUGGGACAGUUUGUGGAUUUUGUAGUAACAUCAGUUGCUACACAGAUUUUUUCUGCCAGCCUCACCAUGGUGUUCCUGGGUGCUUAGUGCUCACUGCUGGUCAGUGUCUAACCACACUGGAAACACAGGAAUGCCUCCAUAUGAGCCUGGCUCCUGCCUAUUAUGUCUUCAUUGCAUACUACGGUCCCACUAUACGCCUUAGUAAGCACUGGGCACUCUGGCGCUAUUUUCAGUGAAAUGCCCCUUUAAAAAGCGUUUAGUGUCAGUGGACUUACAGAAGGCAACACAACGCUCAUACCAUCUAAUAAUGAAAUAACUGUGACAGUGUAAACAUCCCAGUCUAUCCAUCCAUCCAGCACUGCACCGGUGACAUAUAGGCCUCCACAGGUCUCAUAACUUUUACUCUCACUGUACCAAAUCUACUUGAAUAAUUCAACACAAAAGGCCAUUGAACACAGUUGUACAUGUCCAUUUUUACUGUACUUGCUUUUGUUGUCAAAUAAUUAUGAACGUCUCUGGAGAAAGGUGUAUAGUCUUUUGUUUGGUUUAUUUGAUUGUUUUGUUUUGAUUCUAGAUUUUCCAUUGUCUUCAGGUCAUUUAAGCAAUUCUUUUGAAUUUAUCGCAGCAUUAUUUUUGUCUGUCUGUCUGGCUGUUUAUAGGCACCAUGUUGUUUUAUUUCAAGUAACAUCAUUUUGCCCCAUUUGGGGUUUACCCCUUUAAUCAGAAACACUUAAUACUCUGUUGAUGUCAGGAUGCAGGUUAUUCCAGUAAGCCUGUUAUCCAAAACUCCUCCAAGUUAGAAAAUGAAAGGAUAGCUUGAUAAGUGUUUGCAGCGACGAUGAGAAAAAGAAACAUCCUGACCUCUAUGUACGUCAGUUUCAGAUGGAGUGACUAAUUUUCUUUGUAAUUUAGAUUCUUUUGAAAGUUUUCCAUAAGAAUAGAGACCACAGCAUUGUGAGUUAGCAAUGUAGUCAUGACUUUUUAUUAUUUUUUGA